AUGUCUCAAGCCGAGGAACCCAUGGAAACUGCGGAUGUUGGCGACAACUCUAAUGGCUCGUCUAGUGAUACAACAUCGUCUAGAGGCAAAGAGGGCGAUUUCGAGAGUAAAAUUGAAACUGAUCGUUCAAAGAGAUUUGAUUUUUUACUCAAGCAGACUGAGAUCUUUUCGCAUUUUAUGAGCAAUACUAAAACUACUAGUAGCCCUCCUAAACCGAAAGCUGGCAGGCCCAGAAAGAACAAAGAAAUUGAAGCAAGUCCUGGAGACAACCGGCACCGUAAAACAGAGCAAGAAGAAGAUGAAGAGUUGCUUGCAGAAACAAAUACUAAACAAAAAAGUAUAUUCAGAUUUGAAGCAUCACCACCAUACAUUAAAAAUGGUGAAAUGAGAGAUUAUCAAGUGAGAGGUCUCAAUUGGAUGAUAUCAUUGUAUGAAAAUGGUAUUAAUGGUAUAUUGGCUGAUGAGAUGGGUCUAGGAAAGACUUUGCAAACUAUUUCCUUGCUUGGCUAUAUGAAGAAUUUCAAGAAUGCUGCAGGACCUCAUAUUGUCAUUGUGCCAAAGUCAACACUUACAAACUGGAUGAACGAAUUUAAAAAAUGGUGUCCAUCAUUAAAAGCUGUGUGCCUCAUAGGUGAUCAGGAAACAAGGAAUAUCUUUAUCAGAGAAACUCUGAUGCCGGGAAACUGGGAUGUAUGCAUAACAUCAUAUGAGAUGAUAAUAAGAGAAAAGUCGGUGUUUAAGAAAUUCAACUGGAGGUAUAUGGUGAUUGAUGAAGCCCACAGGAUUAAGAAUGAAAAAUCUAAAUUAUCUGAAUUAUUGAGAGAAUUCAAAAGUAUGAACCGUCUGUUGUUAACUGGAACUCCGCUUCAGAAUAAUUUACAUGAACUUUGGGCGUUGCUCAACUUUCUCUUGCCUGAUGUUUUUAACAGUUCUGAUGAUUUUGAUGCAUGGUUCAACACAAAUGCGGCUCUUGGAGAUAAUCAACUGGUGUCUCGAUUACACGCCGUCCUUAGACCGUUCUUGUUGAGACGUCUCAAAGCGGAAGUUGAGAAAAAGUUGAAGCCGAAAAAGGAAGUCAAGGUCUACGUUGGCUUGAGUAAGAUGCAGAGGGAAUGGUAUACCAAGGUUCUGAUGAAGGAUAUUGAUGUUGUAAACGGCGCGGGUAAAGUCGAAAAAAUGCGUCUUCAAAACAUUCUCAUGCAACUUCGUAAAUGUUGCAACCACCCAUAUUUAUUCGACGGAGCCGAACCCGGACCACCCUACACCACCGACGAGCACUUGGUGUACAAUUGCGGAAAAUUGGCUAUUUUGGACAAGUUGCUCCCGAAACUGCAAGAACAGGAAUCGAGGGUGCUAAUAUUCUCCCAAAUGACGAGGAUGCUGGAUAUUUUGGAGGACUUUUGUCUUUGGAGACAGUUUAAGUACUGCCGUUUAGACGGUCAAACGCCACACGAAGAUAGGAACAGACAGAUUGAGGAGUACAAUGCGGAGGGGAGUGAUAAAUUCGUCUUCAUGUUGUCGACUCGGGCUGGUGGUCUGGGGAUUAACCUCACCUCGGCUGAUGUCGUCAUCAUUUAUGACUCCGAUUGGAACCCGCAAAUGGACCUACAGGCUAUGGACAGAGCUCACAGGAUCGGACAGAUGAAGCAGGUACGUGUGUUCCGUCUGAUAACAGAAAACACCGUAGAAGAGAAGAUCGUAGAGCGAGCGGAGGUCAAAUUGAGACUGGACAAAUUGGUGAUCCAAUCAGGUCGCCUUAUGGACACGAAAAGCCACCUUAACAAAGACGAGAUGCUGAAUAUGAUCAGACAUGGAGCCAAUCACGUCUUUUCAUCCAAGGACUCAGAGAUCACCGAUGAUGACAUUGACUCUAUACUCGCUAAGGGAGAGACCAAGACUGAAGAGUUGAAACAGAAGUUGGAGAGUUUGGGCGAGUCCUCGCUUCGUGCGUUUUCCAUGGACACGCCCGGAGCCACCACGGACUCCGUCUACCAAUUUGAAGGCGAGGACUACAGGGAGAAGCAGAAGAUAGCCCCGAUCGGAAACUGGAUCGAACCACCGAAGCGUGAGCGUAAAGCGAAUUAUGCCGUUGACGCGUAUUUCCGAGAGGCGCUUCGAGUCUCUGAGCCCAAAGCCCCAAAAGUCCAGGCCCCAAGACCUCCCAAACAGCCGAUCGUUCAAGACUUCCAGUUCUUCCCGCCUCGUCUUUUCGAACUCUUGGAUCAGGAAAUCUAUCAUUACAGAAAGACUUUGGGUUACAAAGUGCCAAGAAACCCUGAGUUGGGCCCGGAUGCUGCGAAAAUACAAAGAGAAGAACAGAGAAAGAUAGAUGAGGCUGAGGCUCUGGCCGAGGAGGAGGUCCAGGAGAAGGAGCAGCUUUUGACUCAAGGAUUUACCAAUUGGACGAAACGAGAUUUCAACCAAUUCAUCAAAGCCAACGAGAAGUAUGGGAGGGAUGACAUCGAAAAUAUCGCUAAGGACGUGGAGGGGAAGACGCCGGAAGAGGUAAUGGAAUAUUCAGCGGUGUUCUGGGAAAGAUGCCACGAGCUCCAAGACAUAGAUAGAAUCAUGGGGCAGAUCGAGAGGGGCGAGGCCAAGAUUCAACGGAGAGCCUCCAUCAAGAAGGCCUUAGAUGCCAAAAUGGCGCGGUACAGGGCGCCUUUCCACCAGCUCAGGAUCUCUUAUGGCACCAAUAAGGGCAAGAACUAUGUCGAAGAAGAGGAUAGAUUUCUAGUGUGCAUGCUUCACAAGCUGGGCUUCGAUAAAGAGAACGUGUACGAAGAGCUACGAGCGUCCGUCCACGCGGCUUCGCAGUUCCGCUUCGACUGGUUCCUUAAGUCGCGUACUGCUGUUGAACUGCAACGACGAUGCAAUACUCUCAUCACUUUGAUUGAACGCGAAAAUCAAGAGUUAGAAGAGAAAGAACGCGCUGAAAAGAAAAAGAAAAGUGGUAACGUGAAUCCGAACACUCCAGGGAACAAUGCUGGUAAAAGUGCCAACGCGGGCAAAAGGAAGGCCGACAACACACCCGACACCGCGCAGAAAAACAAGAAAAAGAAAAAAUGA